AUGCACAAACGGUACCUUGUCUCUGGUCUUCCCAGGGUUCUCCCUCCCCUCCCACCCUCGCCUGCUCCUCCCUGUCUUCCCUGUGUCGAGGGGCGGCAGCGCGCCGCUCCUCACUCCUCCUCGUUUCCCCCGACGACUGCUCCCUUGCAGACGCUCCACAUGGACGUAGCUCGUCUCCAGCUCAGCGAGCGUUUCCGCUCGGACUUUCCUGUCCUGCGCCUGCACUCUGACAGAGGUGGUGAGUUUGCCUCCGACCUCUUGGCAGCCUACUGUGCGGAGCACGGCAUUGAGCAGUCGUUCAUGCUUCCGGCCUCUCCCCAGCAGAAUGGGGUUGCUGAGCGCCGCAUUGGCUUGGUCAUGGAGGUUGCUCGUACCCCCUUGAUUCAUGCAGCUGCCCCCCACUUUCUGUGGCCGUUUGCGGUCCGAUACGCUACGCAUCAGCUCAACCUCUGGCCCCGUGUCUCCUUACCGGAGACUUCCCCGACACUGCGGUGGACGGGAGAGGUUGGCGAUGCGUCGCAUUUUCGGGUCUGGGGAUCCCGAGCUUUUGUUCGCGAUACGUCUGCGGACAAGCUCUCCUCCCGCGCUGUUCCUUGUGUCUUCCUUGGCUUUGUCCCGGACGCGCCUGGUUGGCAGUUUUACCACGCCACCUCGCGCCGGGUUCUGCCUUCUCAGGACGUCACUUUCGACGAGUCCGUCCCCUACUACCGCCUCUUCCCCUACCGCACUGCCCCACUCCCCCCCCCGCCUCUCUUCCUCGCGCCAGGUGCUGCUGUGGUAGACCCCCUUCCCCCUCAGGGUGCCGCUCCCUCAGGUGUGUCCCAGGUAGACCCGGUUGAGCCUGUCGAGGUAGCUGUCGACUCUCGUCCUGCUAGGGGUGCUGAGUCUGAGCGUGCGGAGCCUGGGAGUGCGGAGCCUGGGGGUGCUGAGCCUGGAGGUGCUGAGCCUGGGGGUGCUGAGCCUGUGGGUGCUGAGCCUGGGGGUGCGGAGUCUGGGGGUGCUGAGUCUGGGGGUGCUGAGUCUGGAGGUGCUGAGCCUGGGAGUGUUAGACCUGGAGGAGCCCUCUCCUCCCAGCAGCUGCAGGAGAGCGGAUCCGAGAGUGGUACACGCGGCGCUGCAGUCUUCGGAGUGGCGCUCCUGGUGUCACGGACCCUAGUACUGCAGGUGCUGCUGCUGCAGGUGGUGCUGCUGGAGCCGCUUGGAGGAGCUGCUGGUGCUGAGGACCCGGACGUUGGAGCUGCUACUGGUGCUGCGGACCCUGGAGUUGGAGCUGUGGCUGGUGCUGAGGACCCGGGCGUUGGAGCUGCUGCUGGUGCUGCGGACCCUGGAGUUGGACCUGUGGCUGGUGUUGAGGACCCGGGCGUUGGAGCUGCUGCUGGUGCUGCGGACCCUGGAGUUGGACCUGUGGCUGGUGCUGUGGACCCGGACGUUGGAGCUGCUGCUGGUGCUCCGGACCCGGGAGUUGGAGCUGCUGCUGGUGCUGAGGACCCUGACGCCGGAGGUCUUACGGAGUGUCGUGAGCCUGAGUCUCGUCCUGUGUCGCCUGCGUCUCGCUCUGCGUCGCCUGUUCGUGCUGCUCGCACUGGUCGUCGUGUCCCACGUGAGCGUCCUCCUCCUGUCCCUGGCACUCACUACAUGACUCUGCGUCCCUCCACUGCUCCUCAGCGUGUCCCUCUGCCGUCUCCUCCUGCGUCCUCUCUUCCUACUCUUCCUGACCCGGAGUCUGACUCUCUUCGUGCUGCCAGUCCCACUGUCACGCGUCUCCUCGCCACUGUUGUCACUAACCCUACCUUUGAGUCCUCUGCUGCGUCUGCUCUGGUCGCUGAGUUGGUUGACUUUGCUGCCAGGUGUCGUCUGGACUACGCUGCUAGCCUUGUUGCUGAGUCUGAGUCUAUCUGUCCUCCGUCCGUCGGGUUGCCCCUGAGGGAGACCCGGAUGCACCAGACAUCCCGACUCCGCGCUCUUAUGGCGGGUCCCUACUCCUCUCAGUGGCAGACAGCCAUGGACGCAGAGAUGGCUUCCUGGAAGUCCACAGGCACCUACGUCGACGAGGUUCCCCCACCUGGGGCAAACAUCGUCAGUGGCAUGUGGAUUUUCAGGGUGAAGCGGCCGCCGGGUUCUCCUCCUGUCUUCAAGGCGCGCUACGUUGCUCGAGGCUUCAGUCAGCGAGAGGGAGUAGACUUCUUCCAGACCUUCUCCCCCACCCCGAAGAUGACCACUCUUCGGGUGCUGCUGCACAUAGCCGCUCAGCGCGACUACGAGCUUCACUCACUUGACUUCAACACUGCUUUCUUGCAGGGCAGCCUGCACGAGGAGAUCUGGCUGCGCCGCCCUCCUGGCUUCACUGGGUCGUUCCCUCCUGGUACCCAGUGGAGGCUCCAGCGGCCGGUCUACGGUCUCCGCCAGGCGCCACGUGAGUGGCACGACACACUGAGGGCGACACUUGCGGCUCUUGGGUUUGCUCCUUCUACUGCUGACCCGUCGCUGUUUCUACGCACCGACACCUCGCUGCCGCCGUUCUACAUCCUCGUGUACGUCGACGACUUGGUCUUUGCCACUGCUGACACUGCGGCACUCGCCCACGUGAAGUCGGAGCUGCAGAAGAGACACACGUGCACAGACCUGGGUGAACUGACAAGCUAUCUUGGCUUGCGGAUCACCCGGGACAGAGCACGGCGCACCAUCACCUUGACUCAGUCACACAUGGUGCAGCAGGUCCUUCAGCGCUUCCGCUUCACGUACUCCUCGCCUCAGUCCACUCCUCUGCCUACCGGUCACUCGCUCUCAGCUCUGCCUUCGAAUGAGUCCGUAGAGCCGAGUGGCCCGUAUCCAGAGCUUGUGGGCUGCCUCAUGUACCUGAUGACCUGCACUCAACCUGACCUUGCAUACCCUCUUAGCAUCCUUGCACGCUAUGUCGCUCCCGGCCGUCACCGGAAGGAGCACAUGGAUGCAGCUAAGAGGGUGUUGCGCUACUUGUGCAGUACGUCAGGCAUGGGGCUAGUGCUUGGAGGGCGAGACCGAGUUGUACUCACUGGGCACUCAGACGCCUCUUGGGCGGACGACCAGGCUACUCAGCGGUCGUCUCAGGGUUACACCUUCAGUCUUGGCUCUGGCUCAAUUUCUUGGCGUUCUACACGCUCUUCUUCAGUUCUCAGCUCCAGUUGUGAGGCUGAGAUCUACGCUACAGCCAUGGCUGCCCAGGAGCUACACUGGCUGACCUACCUGCUGACCGACUUGGGAGAGCGGCCUCGUUCUCCUCCAGUGCUGUACGUCGACAACAAGGCUGCCAUUGCCUUGUGUGAGGAGCACAGACUGGAGCACAGAACGAAGCACAUCGCUCUGCGCUACUUCCUUGCUCGAGAGCUACAGCAGCGCGGUCAGCUUUGUCUGCGUUACGUGGCCACUGAGGCCAACACUGCUGAUGUGUUCACCAAGGCGCUUCAGCCUUGUGACCAUCAGCGCUUCUGUACUCUUCUAGGCCUUGUGCCUGCUGGACCUCACUUGCUUACUUCUUGA